AUGAAAGUGAAUCUUGCUGCUCAGGCAAUUAGUUCAAGUGUAGCUAAUGCAAUAGAGUUCUGUUGCAAAGAUCUUAAAUUAAUACAGUUUCAAGGAAGAUAUAUUUCACACUUACAAGACUCAUCUCAUAGAUUGUUGCAUAAAACAAGAAGAAAAACUGGUUUUCUAAAAGAUUUUCAAAAGAGAAAAUUGAGGAGAAAAUGGAUACAAGUUAUGCGGAGGGAUGGUUUUACUCCUAGUAAACAGUCUAAACUUUGUGGUAAACAUUUCACAAUUGAUUGCUAUGAAGGAAGUCCUUGGAGUUCACAAAAGAAACUAAAAAGUGAUGCAAUUCCUUCUAUAUUAGAUUUUCCAACACGUUUAAAAAAAAGUACUUAUUCUAGAAAACCACCAAAAAACAGACUAAGUAUUAUUUCAAAUAAUAUCACCAAUGAUUCAAUACAGAACAAUAACGUUGACAAUUAUAUUAUUAAUGUUAACAAUAAUAUCACCAAUGAUUCAAUACAGAACAAUAACGUUGACAAUUAUAUUAUUAAUGUUAACAAUAAUAUCACCAAUGAUUCAAUACAGAACAAUAACAUCGACAAUUAUAUCAUUGAUGUUAACAAUAAUAUCACUAAUGAUUCAAUACAGAACAAUAAUGUUGCAAAUUGUCAAAUCAAUCCUAAAAAUAAUGGUAAACGGUAUAUUGGUGAUUUUAAUGAAAAUGAUAUGUUAAUACCAGAAAAUAGUAAAAAGUUUUUAAAAUUAUCUAUAAGUAAACUUGCUGCCAAACAAAAGAAAAUUAAAAUGCUUCAGCAAUCCAAGCGUCGUCUAAUUAAAAGGAUUAAAGACUUAUAUUCAUUCCUUCGUCAUUUUAAAUCAAAAAAUAUAAUUUCUGAAGAAGUAUCAACAACACUAAUGGGAACUAUGUCUGAGUCUACAAAACAGUUGUUUUGUCGGAUUUUACAAGGAAAAGUUAAAAAGCAUUACCCACCAGAGUUACGAAGCUUUGCUUUAACAUUAAAUUUCUAUUCUGCUAAAGCAUAUAGUUAUGUUAGAAAAACAUUUAAUAAUGCACUUCCUCAUCCACGAACUAUACAAAAAUGGUAUGAAAGUGUUGACUGUUCCCCUGGAUUUAGUAAAGAAGCUUUAGUUACUCUUCAUAGCAAAGUAAAAGAGGCUCAGAAAAUUGGUCAACGUGUUGUUUGUUCCUUGAUGCUAGAUGAGAUGGCUAUUAGAAAAUAAAUUGAAUGGACAGGUCAUAAAUUUUCUGGUUUUAUUGAUUUUGGUGCUGAUGUUAAUAAUGAUAGUUUACCCGAAGCAAAAGAAGCCUUAGUUUUUAUGGUUAACUGUGUUAAUGGACGUUGGAAGCUUCCUGUUGCAUAUUUUUUAAUUGAUAAUUUAGGCGGUUUUGAAAAAGCUAAUAUUGUUAAACAUUGUUUACAGUUUAUUUAUGAAAGUGGUGCAGAAAUUAUAUCGGUUACAUUUGAUGGAGCGGCUUCAAAUAUUAGUAUGGCAAAUUUUUUAGGAUUCAAUAUUUCUAUUGAAAACAUGAAAACUUGGUUUCCUCAUCCUAUAUCAAAUCGUCCAAUACACAUUUUACCAGAUCCUCCACACAUGUUAAAGCUCAUACGAAAUGCACUAGCAAGUAGACCAGCAAUUUAUGAUACUAAUGGGAAUCCUAUAGAGUGGUCAUACUUGCAUAAAUUAGUAGAUAUACAGAAUAGUGAAGGUCUGCAUAUUGCUACAAAAAUUAGAAGUCGACACAUUGACUGGGUACGGGAAAAAAUGAAAGUAAAAAUUGCAGCUCAGACUUUAAGUUUAAGUGUGGCAAAAGCAUUAAAGUAUUUAAGACAAACAAACCACCCUUUAAAUUUUAAGAAUAGUAAACCAAAUGAAACUUUUGUUACAUCAUUAAUGAUGCGUUUGAUAUUUUAAAUAGUCGGAAUUUACUUGCAAAAAAUUUGAAGUGCGGCAUACAAAAUUGGAACAAAGAAAAAAUAUUUUUACGCAUUGAUCAAAUAAUUGAAUAUCUGAAAAGCCUAAGAGAAUUACCAGAUGGACAAUUUAUGUGUACAUCAGGAAGAAAAAUUGGUUUUCUAGGUAUGAUAAUUAGUCUGAAUUCUUUGAAGUCAAUUUAUGAUGAAAAUGUUAAUAGCAAUCAACCGAUAUUAAAAUAUGUUUUAGCAUAUAAAUUGUCCCAAGACCAUCUUGAAGUUUUUUAUAGUGCUAUUCGUAGUUGUGGUGGUCAUAAUAAAAACCCAACAGCUCGCCAAUUUGAAAGUGCAUAUAAACGUCUUUUGAUUCAUUGUGAAGUGACUGGCUCUCAAAAUGCAAUUUGCUUAGAUCAAACACCAAUAUCAAUUUUAAUUGUAAGUAGUAACCAAAAGUCUCAAAUUAUACCAUCGGGAAUACAAUUUUUAAAUGCUAAUUUACAGGGUGAUAUUGAUAUUUUUGAAAGUCAGUCUCAUUUACAUGACCAUGCUUAUUAUAAGCUUCCAGAAUUUGAAACGCUAUCUUUUUACGUUGUUGAUGUUGUAAGCUAUAUUGCUGGGUUUGUAGUUCGGCAAGUUAAACAAGUUGUAAAAUGUAAUCCUUGCAUUUGUGCCUUAACUCUGGAUGAAAAUACUUCUACACUUGUGACACUAAAACAUUAUACCUUAAAUCCAAAGACUGGCCUUAUAAACGCAUCAACGGAUGUUAUUUAUUUAUGCAAGUUAGCUGAAACAGAAUUUAGAAUAUUAGAGCAAACAGGUAGUUUAAAUAAAAGGAACGUAAUAGAAAUAUUAGUGGUCAAAUGUUUGCGCAAUAUGCACAAUUCUGUUUUUAGUUGUUUGUUUGAUCAUAUGUUUGACGAAGAUCCUCAAGGUAAUCAUAUAAUAUCUUAAAUCAAAAUUAUUCUUGCUAAAUAUUUAAAGAUACGAUUGCACCACAAAGCUAAAUCGAUCAACGAUUUGCGACAUAAUAAACGUAUACAAAGUGUAUUAACAAAGCAAAUUUUAUUUUCGAAUCAAUAAAAAGUUAUUUUGUAUAUUAAUGUAUUAACUGUAACGUUUUAAGAUAAUGGCUUCAAAAUAUUAAACAUACGGCGUAUCUAUCAGUUUAUAUGGUCAAAGGUUUCCACAGCUUUCUUUUGGAAUCUUUUGACUUCUAUUUUAAGAUUAUGUUGGUUUGUUAAAAAAUAAGGUCAAGAACUCUUGAGUGAAUCAAAGAAACCUAAGUUUUUUACGACAAAACCCCUUUUUCU